UCACAACAGAGCCCAAAUAAGCUACAAAAUAUCUCUCUUUCAUUCUUAUCUCUCCAUCUCUCUCUCUUGAGCUCUCACACGUAACUUAAAUCCUAAUGGCUCACAGAACUCUUUUUCUGUUCUUCUCUGUCUUCUUCUUGUUGACUAAUCUCGCCUAUUGCAAAGAGAUUCUGGUCGGAGGCAAAACCAGCGCCUGGAAAAUCCCUUCUUCGCCUUCUGAGUCCUUAAACAAAUGGGCUGAGAGUUUACGAUUUCACGUUGGCGAUUCUCUUGUGUGGAAGUACGAUGGGGAAAAGGACUCUGUUCUGCAAGUGACAAAAGAAGCAUACGUUACCUGCAACACCACAAACCCAGCUGCUAAUUACAGCAAUGGAGACACUAAGGUGAAGCUAGAGAGAUCUGGUCCUUUUUACUUCAUCAGCGGCUCCAAAAGCAACUGUGUUGAAGGUGAGAAGCUUCACAUUGUUGUCAUGUCCUCUCGUGGUGGCCACCACACUGGUGGUUUCUUCUCUGGUUCUGCUCCUUCUCCUGCACCUUCUCCAGCUUUAUCAGGUGCUCCGGCUAUUGCUCCCGCCACCGGUUCUGCUUCUUCUUUGGCCAGUCGAGUUGGGGUUUUGGGAUUUGUUGGGUUAGGGAUUGUUUUGCUCUGAUUUUUGGAUUUUGAUAUUCUUUUUUUCCACGAGAGAUUUGUUGAAUUCUUUUUGCCUUUUAGACAUUAAUGUUAUUACCGAAUAUAAAAUUUGCCAACUU